AUGCCAGUCCAAGAAGCCACGCAAACUGCUACAAUCGUACAACAUGAACCUCUCCUCAGUCGUGCAUGGAGAGACGGGAACCUACGUUACGAUGUUGCGAUGAACCUUAUCAUUAUAGUCCUCAUCGUUGCAGCGAUCUUGCAUAUACAUAGCCACCACAUUCCCUUAGAUGAAAACGUAAUUGGUUUUAAGGCUAUGAUCUUUCUCAGUAUUUGUUACCCAAAUUCCUUCAUGUAUAGCUGCAUGGCGUGGGGUGGUGCAUUCGGAUCCGAGGAUGAGAUGUCAUUAUUUGAAGCUUACUUCAUGGGACGAAUAACUCAUACGUCAGGCUUCUGUCUCUUCCUCUCCCUCGUCUCUUUGAUCUCUAACUUGGCCCUAUACAUUGCUCUACUUGGUCUUCUAUGGUUCGUACCGGCCAUGAUUGCACCGUGUUUUCCCCAACUAUAUAGAGGAGAGCCAGCUUGGUGGAACUUCGUCGUCAUGCAGCAACCACACUCCACAGUUUCUAUUGUUUAA